AUGAUUUCGCGUAAACGGUCGAGUCGAAUGUCUUUACAGGAAGGGUCUCGUUUGUUCCAAGACAUCACUGUUCUCACCCACCCCAACACUUAUGUCAUCGAAGGAACAACCAUCCCCGUGAUGUGUUUCAAACCUACCAAUUGUCAACAUCAAAUAACUCUUCUGUACUCGCACGACUACUUGGAGUCGAUGGUGAGUAUCAGAGACUGGCUUGGACUCUUAUCAGCUGUUUUAAAAGUGCGAGUGAUCUGUUGGGAGUACCCUGGGUUUUGUGAAGAGAACCCGCAAUACAGUACAUCGUCUACACAAAAGGAUAUCAAGAUAGUGUGGAAACACUUAACAGAAACACUUAAGAUUCCGCCGGAAGACAUAGUGAUCUAUGGGAAAGGGGCUGGGUGUGGUGUUUCAUUGUAUAUUGCUUACAAGCAAAAAGUGAGUAAAAAGAAGAGUGGAGCUGCUGGGUUAAUAUUAGUUGAGCCAUUAAUCGACUUAGCGUUUGCUGGGAAAGAGUUUAUAACAGAAGGGAAGAUUAAAAAGAUCGACACGCCGUCUGUAGUUGUUGUUGGCAAUAACGUUGAGAAGAAUUCCUCCAUCAAGAAGUUGUUUCAUUCGUUAAGUUCACAAAUCGGCUUUUUCGAGGUCGACGGGACAAAGGAUUUUGAGACAAGUAACACCGACGAGUUGAUCAAUUGCAUCAACCAUCUCAUGAAGAAAGUCUUCCCAACUGUCGCUCAAUUCGAAUCAAAUGAAGUCGAAAAGAAAAUCGCUAAGAAGCCAUCCGGAUAUGUCGAUCCUAAAGAAGUCUUAACUAAUUGGUUAAAACCUAAGAAGUUGGACCAUUUAGUCACUCAAGUCAUUAGUAUGGGAUAUAAUACUUUGGAUGAUAUUAAAUUAAUGCCGAAAACAGACGUACAAUUCAUCACUGAAAAUGUCGAGGAACAAAACGAGUUCUGGGCGGUGGUCUGCAAAUUAAUUGAAACAGGAAAUAUAGAACAAAUACUAGAUACGUCAGCAGCUCGAAGGUCAACUUCAGUCCCUAAAAACUGGGCACCACAUUUGUCUUCACCAACUCUACAACCUCAUACUCAAAAACACUCAAGACAUUUAUCUAUGAAAUUCGGAAAAGAAGACAAAGGUAAAUCAACACCACCUAUCAUCACAAAGAAGUGA